ACUCACAACCCCCGAAGCAAUAGCUUCAGUGCUUUGCCAAUCCUGUCGUGAAAUUAACUCCCUACGGAGGAAAAGUUACCCCGUGCCCGACUACACAUCUUAAGGGAAAGUCUGAAGCCAGACUAGAGACCUUGGCAUGCUUUAUCGUACCCCUAGCAUGUAAACAAACUUACCAUUUCUUUCAUUCAUAUAUAAAAUGUAAUAAUAGCAAAGAAAGAUGAACCCUCCAUUCGCAUUUAGCUGGAAGGGAAACAUACAAACAACAACUCAGCCGUGAUCUUAGACUGGACCAGUUCUGAAGGAUGACGUCGGAGAUCAGUGAACCAAUAAAAUUGCCCUGUGGGCUGGUCCUGCAGAAUCGAUUAGUUAAGGCUGCUAUGGCCGAGGCUAUGGCAGAUAAAACCCGCGUGCCUGACCAGAAGUUCACACGGGCUUAUGGCGAAUGGGGCAAAGGCAGGUGGGGUGGCUUGUUGACCGGAAACAUCCAGGUUGAUCCACGGAACCUGGGAAAUUAUUAUGAUCUUGCAACUCGUGAAUCCGCCCUGAGAGAGGAUCAGCUAGAUGCGUGGAAGCAAUACGCCGCCGCCUGCCAGGAGCAAGGCACACCAGUUAUCGCUCAGAUUUGCCAUCCUGGUAGGCAGUCCCUGAGAGGGGCAGGCGAAAGAGGCAUCUUUGGGACCCCAAUCGCACCCAGCCCAGUUCCGCUCAAACUUGGGGAUGGCUGCGCUGCGUCUAUCAUCAGGAAUAUUGCUUUUGGCGUUCCAAAGGAAAUGACUGUGUCGGAUAUUCAAGACGUAGUUCGGCAGUUUGUGAAUUCUGCUCGGUUCUUGGCGGAAUGCGGUUUUGCCGGUGUUGAGCUCCAUGCUGCUCAUGGUUAUCUUUUAUCUCAGUUUCUGUCUCCAAAGAGUAAUAUACGCCAUGAUAAGUACGGUGGUAGCCCUGAAAGGCGCGCUCGCAUCGUUCUUGAAAUCAUCGAGGAAACCCGCGCUGCGGUGCCUGAGACCUUCUGCAUAGGCCUCAAGCUCAACUCUGCGGAUCAUAGCGCGUUGGACUUUGAGGACACUAUGAAACAGAUCGGUCUAUUUGCGGAGUCUGGAAUAGACUUUCUCGAGGUAUCGGGGGGGACAUAUGAGGACCCAACGAUGAUGGGCCGUGGUAUGAAAGAAGAGACUGCAUCUGAGAGUGUCCAGCGUACCGCAGCAAGAGAAGCCUUCUUCUUUGACUUUGCUAAAGAGACGAGGAAACGCUUCCCAGGUCUCAUCCUCAUGCUCACUGGAGGUUUCCGAACUCGACGAGGUAUCCAAGCCGCUUUACAAGGCGGAGCGUGUGACAUCGUCGGCAUUGGGCGCCCGGCGGUUGUUUGCCCAAACUUCCCCGAACUGAUCCUGGAUGAUAAGUAUACAGACGAGGAAGCCAAAGUCAUUCUAGGAAAGGUACCAACCCCUCUAUGGGCGAGAUUCUUCCAGAUCCGUGCCUUGGGUGGAGGUGCCGAAACGCAAUUUUACGCUGGACAGAUUAAACGUAUGGCUACAGGGUAUGCUACCCGUGCGCCUUAAUGGAAGUACAUAAUUGAGCUGUUGUUGGGACUAAGAAAUUGAAAAUGGUACAUCUGUCUAUAAUCUAUCAAUGUUAUGCAGAAUCUUUACUGGCACGGGCCUGGUGGCCUGCUAUUUAUUAAUUUGUUUAUAUCCUUCCAUUAAAUGAAAAUCCAAUAAGGAAGUAC